AUGGAGAAGGAAAAUCUUGGUGUUUUGUUCCAGAGAGAAACAAAAAUGGAGUAUAGAGGUUUCCUCCACGAGCAUCCUUUAAUGCUAAAUGAGGAGACGAUCGUGGGGACUCGAUGCGAUGCAUGCGGUGAAUUCUUCCAAGGCCUAGUCUACACUUGCAGCGAAUGUGGGUUUAACAUACACAAAUCCUGUGCAGAGUUGCCUCGGGAAUUCCAAAAUCCUUACCACCCUCUCCGUCUCAGCUUGGUUACAGACGAAUGGGAAGGGCAAGCUUUCAGAUGCCUUUGGGUGGUGGUGUUUCCUGCAGGAUAUGUGGAGAACCCAUCUCUGGUGCUCUCUACGGCUGCAACACUUGCAACUACUAUCUGCAUCGAUCAUGUGCCGAGUUUCAGUUGCCAACAACACUCCAGCACUUUUACCUCCCUUGCCUUCUAA